UGGAGGCAGUAGCACAGAGACAGCAGGAUAACCAGUAGACAUCAGUCCAGAGGUAGAGAAAGCAGAAGACAGAAGGAAGGAAGUUAAGGAGGAACAAAUCACAGAAAGAAGAGUCAAGGAAGAACUGCAGCAAACAUCUUAUCAGAUGAGCAGUAGCAGCUCCGCCACUGCAUUGAGCACAUGAGCAAUUCACGUCCUCGUGUCCUUUAUGGAACUGGUAAAGGGGAUGGGGUGCUUAGGGAACGACCAGCUCUGACUCAUUACAAAUCCAAUGUAUUCAUCAACCCACUGGCACCAGAAGCACCACCAUUACCAUCUGAUUUGCUCAUCCAACUUAUCAAUUCUAAAAGACCACCUGAUCGUGGAGCUAUAAGCUCAAUAAGAUCAAGAGGAACACCUUCAUUACUUGUUUGGGGAAGAACUACAUUACCAUCUGCUUGCUCAAAGAGUAAUCUUAAUGUAGAUCUAACAAUGCCAUCUGAAGUUGAGUUCAGUACAAGAUCAGAAUCAUUUGAAUGUUAUGAACUACCAAAACAAGAUUGUCUAAAUCCACAAGAUUUGGAUCAGAAGAUCCCUCUACUUUUAUAUCCUUCAGUAAUUCCACUAAGAAAUCAGUCAUGGGAUUCAUUUGUGGAUCUUAUUGACUCUUCCUUAGUUGUGAAAAAACCACAAAGCAUAAACUCUUCGUUUCCAAACUCUCCAAGACCUCCAUCAAAAUCAAAAUAUGCACAUGGAUCACUACCACAAAGUCCAGUUGCAAAUGCAUCAAGAACUUCUAGUCCCCAAUUACCCAGAUGUUACAGGGUACCUCAUUGUUCUUUUCCAGUACCUGCCUCGCCGAGUCCCAAACCACAAACAUGUUUAAAUCCAUUACCAAACCAUUCCGUGGGCCACUUAACAAAACUUAUUGAGGAACAAUUAAGAUUACCCAUGACACAAUCAGAAGGACUUUUGCAUCCACCACAAGUGAAACUAUCACGUUUCACCUCAACAAAAGUUUCCACUUUACAGUCUUCAUUGUCUUCUCCAAAAUCAUCUAUUUCAAGCCAUAGAGCUCUAGCAAUAAGGAAGUAUGCAAUAGAGUCAGCAUAUACCACUAUUGUGCAAAACCCUUCAGUCCUGCCAAUAAUGACCAAAGCAAGGGAAGAACUGAUGCAAGCAAUAAGAAAAGGCACUAAACUUCGCAAAACUCAACCAAGAGCUGAAAGUGAGGAUGCUGAAAAUGAAGCAAAAAUGAUCCGGGUCCGUCGUAAAGCAAUGGGAUAUCAUUCAGGAAAAUCAGAUAGUGAGACUGAAUGGGUUGAAUAAACAAAGAAAUCAUUAAGAGUAAAAUAAAAUUUAUUGUCUUUUCACAU